GAAGUCAUGUGACCGCUGUGAGUGUAACAUGUCAGCGCCCUGGCGGAGAGGAGAGGGGCUUCUCCUGUCACAUCCGUGUCCUCGAUAUUUACCGGCACGGUACAGGAGCGGCCACCGGGGCCGGGCGCUGCAGUUCGCGCUGCUGGUACAUUGCUGGCUUCAUGUUAGCGCCAGGACCUCCAUGGAGGAUGACCUGCUGCAGCCCUAUGAUGUCUCUUCUAAGCAUGGACCUAGCCGAAGUAAUCGGGAGACCAGGAGCUGCCUGCCUCUCACUCAUGGGAACACAACACAUGAAGUGUGGCCCAGUAACAAUGACUCCAUACACCCAGUGGCCACCACCAGAAUGUUCAUAUCCAUCCUCGGUGAUGAGGUGAAGAAGACUGUUCGUGGUCACUUCACUUUUGUCAAUAAUCCUUUAAGGACUUUGUCAGUGUUGGAGCCCGGUCAGCCCGGGGCUUGUGGUAGAAACAUAACCGAAACAGUAGAAGACACUGUCAAAUAUGGGAAAUGCAUAGUAGCCCAAAACGGAGGAUUUUUUAAUACUGAAACUAAGCAGUGUCUUGGCAACAUUGUGAGUAAUGGCAGAUUGGUGCAGAAUUCCAGAGGGAUUCAAAAUGCACAGUUUGGCAUCAAGGCAGAUGGUACCAUGGUGUUUGGCUAUUUAUCAGAGGAGGAGGUGCUGAGCACAGAGAACCCCUUUGUGCAGCUGGUGAGUGGAGUCGUGUGGCUGCUACGCAAUGGUAAAGUGUACAUCGAAGAGAGCAAGAAAGUAGAAUGUGAAGAUACUCAAAAUACUGGUAGGUUUGACCAUUUUGUGAAUGUGAUCUCUGCUAGGACAGCCAUUGGUCAUGAUAAAGAUGGCCAACUUAUUCUUUUCCAUGUAGAUGGCCAGACUAAAGACAGAGGCAUGAACUUGUGGGAAGUAGCAGAUUUUCUAAGGAAACAAGGAGUUGUUAAUGCUAUAAACCUGGAUGGUGGAGGAUCAGCUACUCUGGUUGUUAAUGGCACACUUGCUAGCUAUCCAUCUGAUCAUUGUGUGUUUGAUCCAAUGUGGCGUUGCCCUCGGAGUGUGUCUACAAUUGUUUGUGUCCAUGAACCCUUAUGUAAUCCCCCAGACUGUGGAAGCCAUGGAAAGUGUGUCGCAGGAGAGUGUCACUGUACAGGCUAUUGGAUGGGGAGCUCCUGUGAAGUUUUAAGCUGCGGACCUUCGAACUGCAGCGCUCAUGGGACCUGCACCCCAGGUGGAUGUGUUUGUGACGUGGGCUGGAUGGACAGUAACUGCAGCAGUGCUUGUAGCCAUGGAUACUAUGGAGAUGGAUGUACCAGUGUGUGUCGUUGCCAGAACAAUGGGACAUGUGACCAUAUUAAUGGUACUUGUAAAUGCCCAGCAGGAUUCACAGGAUUGUACUGUGAAGAAGUUUGCCCAUUUGGCUAUUAUGGUUUAGGAUGCCAAGAUGUUUGCCAAUGUGAAAAACAGUGCUACUGCCAUCCUGCAACAGGGAGCUGCAACUUUUCCAAGAAGCUUAGGACAGUUGCGCUUUUAUCAAAAGUCGGCUCCUGCAUGGAAUCUGUGUUAUACUCAUCCUGGUGGGAAGCUGUACCCUCUGAUGCCAAAGUAACUUACCUUGCUGAGCACAUCUGGGUAGGAUUAAGCUGUACCCUUCUGGGGCUACUUGUGAUUAGUAUUGUCUUCAACAUUAGACAGGUCUGGUCCUGCAGACGAAACAGUAAGGACUGGACUUAUUCCUACCAACAACUUCGAGAAAUGAAUGGAAAUGUGGAUGUCCCAGAUAUGUAUGAGACCUGCGACUUGUAUCACCCAGAUAUCGAUGUGGAUAUGUCACAUAAUGAAAUGGGGAGUGGAAGGUCAGGGUAAAUCUGGCUGGAAUCAGUCAGCUCCACUUAUGCAUGCUGUGCUCCGCAGCAGUCUAGUGCCUUGCACGCACCCAAUAAUUUGGGUGUAAAACUUGAAGGAAAUUAAUAAGUACAUUCACUGCAAUGUAUAGUAUUCCAAAAAGGUAUUCUUGAAUUUUUUUAAAUGUGCAAUAUUUCCAAUGCCUUAUUUUAUUGAAUGGAAUGUGCUUUCAUUUUUCAACGCUGGGUUUUGUGCUUUUUAACAGCUUUCUUGUUUAUAUAUGUAAAAUUGCCAAAUUUUUUAUCGGAAGCUAUGGAUACUUCCCACUAGUAACUUUAUGUAAUGGUUGAGGGUAGUCCAGGUACUGUACAUAUUUAAUAAGCUUGUGAAACAAAUACUUUGAACGUAAAUUUAGCCAAAUGCAUAAAAGCAGUCUUACAGGAGCAAAAUGGGGUUUCAUCGUUCAAGUCUAGAGUACAAAAAAGUUUAUCCUUCAUUUCCUAUAUAUACAAAAUGUCUAAACAGGAGCCGUAUUUCUGUGACCAUAAUGGCAAUCCACGUAAACACAAAAUCAUAGGAACACAUACAUAAAAUAUUAUUAUUAUAGGUUAAGUUUAAAGUGUAUGGAAUCUGUCAUGUCUUCCAACAUAUACAGGAAAACAUAAGUUCACUUCUGAAUACCAUUUUAUCCCCUAUGGAUGGGUGUGAUCUACUUAAAGCUGGACUACAUGAGGUCACAAUGCUCAUUCAGCUAUCUAUCACGAUUCUCUGCUUAAGAAAUGAAGGACCUUCAUAAAUAUAUUGCAUUACUUAGUAUUAUAGUGUGGAGCAGCAUGCAAACAGUU